AUGUCUAUCCAACUUACUCCUCUACCAAAAUCUCGACGAGGCUGGAAACCACGAUGUUAUAUUCCACCCACACUCCUCCUUCCUACGCUUCGCGUUGGACAGCAUCGCUUUGCAAGCUCACCGCCAUCCUCAGACCUGUAUAAACCUUAUUCUGAUAAGGACCAGAGAAUCGAGGAGGACUUGUUUCUGGUCGAGCUCAGGGUCAAGCGGAAAUUAAAGUGGAAAGAAGUCCAGCUGGGAUUUCUACAGCGCUACAAGAGGGCGUACAACAGUUCUACUCUUCAGAUGAGGCUUGUAAGGAUACAGAAAAGACCUGGAGACUCCCAUAAAAGUGGCACAUCCCAGAAUAUCGACAGUGUUUGA